AUGUCCUUCAUUCAAAAUGCGGCACCACCUCCAAAGCCAAAUGCGGCUGGGACGCUUCGACCCGUCCCUUCGGCGUUGAGACCUCUUCUUUACAUGGGUGUUCCUCGAGGUGUCCUGGCUUGGAAACCACGGUUGCCCUCCCGGAACUGGAGCAUUUUCAUCGUGACAACUUCAAGUCUUACAUAUCUGUGGUGGGAUGACCGUGCACAGUGCAAGAAGCUCAUGGAAGGAUACAAAGACCAAGUCCGGUGGAUUGCAGAGCAAAAGAUGGAACCGCACGAGUGGCCGCGCAAGAUCAAGGUGUACACUGCGCAAAGUCCAGGAGAUGAGGAUUUCAACACGGGGGUCCUCUUCUUCAAGCGCUAUAUGAAACCGGUGCUCGCAGCCGCUGGCGUUGAUUGGGAGAUUCGAAAGGGCAGGCGCUAUGGUGGUCUUGCGAAAGAUUUGACGGACGCGAUUCAUUCACGUCGAAGAAAAUUGGCUGGCGUAGAGGAUUGGAGCUCAUCGCCGCUCCUAGCACCAGAUGGCAGCGGCCGCGGGCCCGUCUCCCUUACCCCUCAGCAAGUUCUGGAACGGGAAUUGGAAGGCGGGAUUGUCCUGGUCGGCCGUCCGGCCUUGAAAGAGUGGCUAUGGGCGCUCAAGGAAGGGUGGGCAAAUGACAUUCCAAUCAAGGCAGUGGACCCGAAUGAUUCGCUCGCUGCGGAACUCACUCACGAUGGCGUCUUCGAAGCGUCAACCUUGGAUGGCGCCUCCUCAAAGUUCCAACAAGACUCGACUCCCUUUCACUCGAAUGAACUGGCUACGAAUUCAACCCCUUCGAACAUUGCAUCUAAAAUAGGCACUUCGCUAUUCUCACGGAAAAUCCCGCAUGCAACCGGAUCCGGUUCCACAGGCCAGGCGCUUCCGGCACUUCAGCUGGUCCCCGCACAACCUCCACUCUGCUUUGUCGAUUUCACCAAUUUGAUCGGCUGGCGCAAUAUACCGCGUCGUAUGGCGCGCUUUUUCCGGCGACGUGACGACGUCAAGCUAGGGGGCGAAGCUGCGCUCAGGCUGAUCUACGGCAGCAAAGAGUCUGCGCGGCCAUUCGACGCGCCAGAGACCGGGGCAUUCACAUCCUCACCGCCGCAGGGCGGCGACUUGGACUGGGGAUUGGAGGGGGAAAGGUUUUAUCCUCCUUUCUUCACCAAGAUCCCAGACGACGUUGCAAAAGCGAAGGAGAGCUACUAUAAAAGUCUCUUCGAUCGCUUGAAAGUUUCACGCGAAAUUGCCAGUGGACGGGAGAUGACGAAGCAAGAGGCAAGGGAUCCGCCGCCCAGCGAGAGCGAUCUUAAAGUGGAGCGAUUCGAAAAGGAGCGGGACUGGCGCAAUCUCUUGCGAGGAUUCGAUAUUGUUCGGCCCGACGCGCCAGCUGUGUGGGACCCCAAGUUUCAGGGAAGCAUCCGUGUAUUUGAGGACGUGGAUGCCACGUCGCGCGGGCAGACCUUUGCCACCGCUUGA